AUUUUUGACAUAUGGCAAAGAAUUUUUAUCACCGCUGCCGAAAACUUCAAAAUCUCCAUUGAGUUGUGUCAAGUUUAUCGGGAAUUGUUAAUAAAUUUCGCGCUAUUCGGACUCAGCAUAGUUGACGGAGUGAAGAACAGGAUCGAAGAUGGCGAACGAGAGCAAUUUGACGGAUGUGCAGCGACAAAUGUUCGAGAAAAUCGCGAAAAAUGAGGCGUCGGAGUUCAGAGCGCUACUGACACAAAACAAAGGUUCCGUAAACUUUGUGGACGAGAACGGGAUGAGUCCGUUGCAGCACGCCUGCUACAAGGGCAACAAGGAAAUCGUACAAAUGCUACUCGAUCAGGGAGCAGAUGUAAAUUACUGCCAGCAUGGCGCCAACUAUACGUCUCUACAUUUUGCUGCACUCAAUGGAAAUCCAGAAAUCGUUCUACUACUCCUCGAGGCUGGCGUGAAGCCAAACACUGAAAACUCAGUGAACAGGACAGCAGCUCAAAUGGCAGCUUUCGUUGGCAAUCACCAUUGCGUGGCCAUUAUAAAUAACUUUGUACCAAAAUCGGAAGUGGAAUACUACUCCAUAUUACAGGGACAACAAACUGAGCCUUAUUUACCGCCGGCCCUAGUAGAUGGUUUUCAUAAAUUCGUCAUCCAAGUUAAUCUUCAUCCCGUUCGGAUAGCGCUGAAUCUACAAAAAGUGGGAACACUCGCAGAUCACCUGAAGAAAAUUAAAAAAGUCCUGGAAUUGAUGACUGAGCGUGAAAUUAAGAAGAAGUACGACAGGAGUGAAGUGAUGGCUUUCAAAUACCACUACUUGGGUUGGAUAGUUGGGGAAAUUAUCCGCUGCCAGGAGCAUUUUCAUUCACGCCGGGAGCAAGGCAGUACUGAGUCGCGGCAUGACUUUGUUGAAAUGUUUGCAAAGCGAGUGCUGAAAGAGAACAAACCGGGACAACCGGACUACAUUGAGUAUACCAUUCGGGAUUGCGCCCGGGAAUUCCCGUUCCGAGAAUGUACAAUAUUCAAGCAGGUGGUGACACAGUUGGCGAAUCCAGAAGCGCCGCCAGCUUUAGAGGUUCUAAAGAACGCUAUCAAUGGGCAUCGCGGUUUCAUGGACGACAUUACAUACUGCAGCUCAUGUGGUGAAGAGAAGCCGGACAAGAAAUGUUCAAAAUGCAAAGAAGUGCAAUACUGUGAUCGUGAGUGUCAACGCCUCCACUGGUUCGUGCAUAAGAAGUCAUGCGCCAGACCGACCUCGUCGAGUGCUUCGGCAGAGCGAUCAUCAGCCCAGACUAAUAAACGAGAAAUAGACACUGCUGAAAUCACUGAACAACUACAAGGCUUGGUUGCUAGCUAAGCGACCACCCGUACUACCCUUUAGUCACGCAAAAGGAACUAAGAUAGCAGGCAGGCGUUCACUUCUCCGCAACAUGUACCCUAGGUGUGCUCUAUUCUGUUCGCAUUCUCGUUGCAGUUGCGAAGUAAAUAUAAGUCAGUUUGUAUAGUUGUAUUCAAGUGUAUCAAAAAUGAAGAAAAAGUCUUACGAAACGGAUGAAUCCUCGUCUGUGGACGAGUGAACGCUGCCCCUGAUCAGUCUUUUACUACAACUACUAUUGAUUUCAAAUCAUAGACAAAUAUUAUUUUAAUAUUGAUAUAAUUAUAUUUGAUGACCAAAUCGCCAUUUUAUAAAUCGUCGAGUGAAUGUGUUUUUGCGGAAUGUGAUUUAAUAUCGACAAAAUACACAAAAUAUUUUUGAGUUCUGUUUGCUAAGUACCUAAUCACCGGAAUCCAACGUUUUCCAGAGUUUGAGAAAUGAGAAAUGAACCUAGAAUGGUGGACAUGAACGACAAAAGGAACAAAAUUAGUUGUGAAGGAGUUGGUACCUUAAAUUUUUUGUUAGAUUUAGAUUAAAGUCGAGUGAGUAUAGUCAACGGCGGCGGCGAAUUCCAAGUAACUACGCGAGACUCAUUUAAAAUUUGCUCUUCUGAGAUGUAGUUAUGAAGAUUUAACGCUCAAUUGACGGAUAUCAAGUCGCUGAUUAAUUUGUAAAUAAAAUUCUAUGAACAUUAUGCUCUUAAUGUUUAAAAAUAUGGAGAUUGUGAAGAGAAGGAAAAACAAUACUAAAACGCAUUUUUAUAAUAAUGUCUUGACAAAGUGAUUAUGAAAUAAGAAAAACGUGAGAGACAAACAUAAAUUAUGUGGCCAUGAAUGCAUAAAAUAAAACAACACCCAUACACAAUUUAUAUAUUUUUUUUUGUUUUCUAACAUUCUGUAUUUUGUUAUGUAUAAAACUGUAUUGACGAUAAACAUAUUUUGAUUGUCAAUUGAUUGAAAUAGACACAGUAAUAAAAAAAAUCACAAGAACAA